AUGGGGCCGCCGAUCGAGUUGCGCGACCGUAAUUUGGAUUCUAAGGCCGCCAACAGCAGCCAGUCUCAAGUCAAUGAUGAGCAGGGACUGGGCCGCGUGGGCAAGAAACAGAUCUUGAAGCGUCGGUUUGGUUUCUUGUCCAUCUUGGGUUUCAGUUGUACGGUUCUGGCAUCCUGGGAGGGCAUUUUGUCGACGUUUACCGUACCAUUUGAGGAUGGAGGUCCUGCUGGAACGGUCUACAGUUUCCUGGUCGUCUGGCUGGGUACGUUUUCGACGUUUCUCACGCUGUCCGAACUUGUUUCGAUGGCCCCUACUUCCGGAGGACAAUAUCACUGGGUAUCGAUGAUGUCCCCGCGAUGGUGCCAGAAGUACCUCAGCUUUCUCACAGGAUGGUUAAUUGUCAUUGGCUGGUUGGGAGCCUUUGCAUCAACCUGCUACCUAAGUGCUUCUCAGAUUCUGGGCUUGGUGGUCCUGAACCAUUCAUCCUAUACCCCAGAGCCCUGGCAAACGAUGCUUCUGUUCUGGGCCAUUGUGGCUUUUGCCGUGUUCGUCAACGUAAUCACCAGCACCUUGUUGCCAAAAUUCGAGGGUCUUGUCCUGAUUUUGCACGUGUUUGGGUUCUUCGGAAUCAUCAUCCCGUUGGUUUACCUGGGAGAUCACAACUCUGCUUCUGAGGUCUUUGGGCAGUUUGCCAAUGAUGGCGGCUUCCAAACCCAGGGAUUAGCUUUCAUGGUUGGUAUGAUUGGUAACAUGUUUGCCUUUACCGGUGUGGAUGCGGCUGUCCACAUGAGCGAAGAAAUUUACGACGCAGAGCGCGUUGUUCCGCAGUCCAUCCUCACCUCGGUCCUGAUCAACGGAGCGCUGGGCUUUGGGAUGAUCCUGUCCACAUUGUUUACUAUGACAGACGCCACCGCCGCACUAGCCUCACCCACAGGAUACCCUUACAUGCAAAUCUUCUGCUCCGCCACCAAAUCCCUCGGGGGAUGCACCGUCAUGUCAGCCAUCGUCCCCAUCCUAGUCACUGCCACCGCUGUAGGAUCAUUGGCAUCUUCCUCUCGCAUGGCAUGGUCCUUCGCCCGAGACCGUGGUCUCCCCGGAUGGCAAGUGCUCAGCAGGGUAUGUCUCCCGUCCUCGCAAGCUCAAAAUAAUCCACUAACCCAACCCUAG